AUGCUUUUCGGACGGAUACUCAACCAUGUCCUUGGCGUUGCAGAGGUGUUUUCCAGAGUGCACGGCUCUUCUGGGGGCCUGGGAGAGAAAGCCAAUCUCUCCAUCACUCUCCCUUUUGCCGUGCGCAGCGCCAUUGAAGCAACAUUGAGCCUUGAGGACAGCAUCGGCGCCAAGUGCGCUGGGGUCAACCUCUACCUUAAAGGGGUGAGCGAAGUUCGGGGCCGAGAGCACAGGCGCACCACAGAGGAGGACUUUAGUGGCUUCGAACGCGAGAUGACAGUUAUCAGACCAACGAAAAGGGGAUUUGGUGCUUGUCAGACUAAUGGCGUGAAAGCAGAAGUGACUUGUGGACUGGCACCACUAAACCCAAGGAUCGUCGGAGGUGACGAUGCCCCGGCCGGCAUGUGGCCUUGGCAAGUCACCAUGCACUAUAAUGGGAGACACAUCUGUGGGGCGACUGUGAUCCAUGAGGAAUGGGUGCUCACGGCAGCCCACUGCAUCCCAAGCACUGAUCUUGAGCGUUGGCUCCUCUUCUUUGGAAAACUGAAUCAGAGCGAGACCAGUCCCAAUGAAGUCAACCGCACGGUGACCCAGAUCAUUGUUCAUCCUGACUACAAUAACAUAACAAUUGACAACGACUUAACACUCAUGAAGCUUAGCAGUCCCCUCAAUUACACUGAAUUCAUCAGACCCAUCUGCUUGGCAAGUAAUGCAAGUCAAUUCAACGACGGCAUCUCGUGCUGGAUCAGCGGCUGGGGCAGACUGGGGGCUGAAGAGCCAAAUGUGGGCUUUGAAAGGCUACAAGAGGUUGAGGUUCCAAUAGUUGGAAACAACCAAUGCCGCUGCAACUACGCUCUGUUCGACAUUGCGGUCAACAGCAAUAUGUUAUGUGCUGGGGAGGAGGGUAAAGGAGCAUGCCAGGGUGAUUCAGGCGGUCCCGUGCAAUGUAAACAAGGCUCAAGGUGGAUCCAAGCGGGCCUGGGCAGUUUCGGAAUACCAUGCGCUAACGAGGGUUUCCCAGAGGUGUUUGCUCGCGUGUCGUUUUUCCAGGACUGGAUUACAGCGCAAGUGGAGGGGGCCAACAUUAGUUUUGUAACCUACACCUCGCGCGGUGUUGACCAUGAUGCCAACUUUGUAUGUCUAUCAUCAUCCACGACACUUCUUUCGAGUCUUAGCCUCUUGCUCUUGGCUAAACACCGGCAAGGAGACCGAUAUUCGACAAGUGGCUGUCUUCCGACGGAGCACGCCGCUCUGGCCAAUCUGGCAGGCCGCUGGCGGGGCGGGCAGGCGGCCCUGAGCACGAUUGCCCGACGGCGGGACUUUUGGCGAACGCAGAGCAGAGCCUUGCCCCGAAUACACCGCGGCGAGACGGCCGGGGCGGGCAGAUAUAACACUGGUACGAACCACUCAUCUCGGGUUCAACUCAUCGUGCACUUAGGCGGCCAGCCGGACUGA